CUCAUACGAAGAUGACAUCUCCUGUCCUGGCAUAAUCCAGGUCAGUUCGUUACGAGAGACAGCCUGAGACAAGACCGUCGUUUAGAUUUUUAUUAAAAGCUUAGGCAAUCUAAGAAUCCAAGACGGAGAAAAUGCUCGUUGUGACAUUUUUACGUCAUGGAGAAACGACCUCAAAUGUUGCGAAUAUUAUAGAAGGUCACACCCACGGGGAGCUGACGGAACGGGGGAUCAUGAUGGCGGAGCAUUUGGGCCGUCACCUCAGAGAUGAGAAGUUCACACGAAUAUACUCCAGCGAUUUAAAACGAUGUUGUGACACGACCCACAUUAUUUUACAACAUAGUAAAAAUCACCAUGAGGAAGUGCUAAUUCUGGACAAAACAUUGAGGGAAAGAUUUUUUGGAGACCUGGAACUCCAACCGCGUGAAGCUAUUAGAAAACUUUGUAUCAAAACACGCCAAAAUUAUCCUCAUGUAAGAAUUCCUGGAGGCGAGACUUUUCAAGAUGUGAAGAAAAGAGCUGGCAAAUUUUUUUCGAUGCUGUGCCAAAUCGUUGAUUCCUCUGAGGAAGGUGAUGCCAGGGAGAACGUGUUAGUCGUAACGCAUGCGGGAUGGUUGAUGUCUUUCCUGCACUACCUUAUCGAUAAUAAACAGUCCUUGGAUUUUUAUUUCGACCCCAAACUGUGCAAACGACCAGCCCACAACACGGCUACAACGAAGAUUAUUAUUUACAAGAAUGAGACUGGUAUGAAACGGAGAGUGAGCGUGAAACACGUCCAUGACACGAAGCAUCUUCCAGACAAUUUACAAAAUAAAAUUGACAAUACUCAAGAAACAAGUUCCUAAACAAUUUAGUAAUGUUUCGUUUAAUAUUAAUUCAAGGGUAGCUUAAAUGACAAAGAUUGUCCCGACAGAAAAAGGGUUGUGAGACAUAUUCUUUCAAAACAAUUCCGUCCCGCCAUAAAAGUAUUACCGAUUGAUAUUACUGAUCCUAAGUAUGUAUUUAUAAGCAUAGUUAUGGAGAAAGUUUUUACAUUCCAGUUAUCUUAAAUACUUAAUGGUCAGCCCAUUCGUAGUAAAUAGGGCGACAAUAUCAAGAAUAACAGUUAAAUAUUGUAUGAAACUGGUUAAGGAAUAAAUCGUCAUCCUUUGAAACUGAA